UGGUGUUGUUUUACUUUUUUCUUUUUCUCUCAGUAGGGUUGUUAAACGAGCCUUUGGAGACCCCUCUUUGGCGACAAGGUGCAGUGCAGCUUCCAGGAAGCGACAACCCGGCGACUGUCGGUGAGCCGAAUUCAUCGCCUUGUUUAUAUCAAACAAGAAAUACAACACGUUAAUGAGUCGGUUAACCUACCUCUAUGACUUCUCCAGAAGAUGAAAGUGUUCCCUGGAGGCUAGUAGGGCCUGUGUCCGAGCUGUCCAAGAAACAAUGUAGAUUGAUCUAUUCAUCUGAUGGACGCGACGCGGAUGUUUGUCUGUUUUAUGUGAGCGGUGAUUUCUUGGCGAUGGACGCUCGCUGCGCUCAUUCGGGAGGUCCGCUGUGUGAUGGAGAUAUCGAGGAGGCCGAUGGAGUUCUUAAGGUUUUCUGUCCUUGGCAUGACUAUGACUUCAAUCUCAAAACAGGGAAAUCGAGCACAGGUUUACAGCAACAAGUUUAUGAAGUGAAAUUGGAGGACGGCAACGUAUACGUCAAGCACGCAAGCGAGCUCUCGUUACAGCCUUUCGGACAGGUCAAAGAGCACUGAAGUUUUUGGUUACUCUUCCCUUGAACUAAAUCAUCUGUUUUUGUAAUAUUUGAAAAUGAUGCAGUUUUUUAGUUUUCUCCAUUGGAGCAGUUGUUAAUGUUUGUGUCAGUUUGUAUAUAUACACUACGAAUAAAAGAUCGUUUUUUAAUGAUGUAUUGCAAGUUGCUUCAAAUAGAACAUUGUUUUUUGACAUUGUUUAUUUGAAUUGUUAUACAUAUAUUUAAAAUGUAAAUUGUCAAUAUUUAUAUGUAAGAUUUAUUGAACUCAGGGAAAAUAAGGUCACAGACAGCGGCUUAAUUACUCUUAGUUUUAGCUUCAUAAUUGUUAGUAUUCCAGAGCUGUUAAUGUGUUUCUCUCUAGGGCUGUAAUUAAUGUUUACAGUUGUUACUUGCCAUAAUUAUACCCUCCUGGAUCCAAUCCUCUUGAGUGUGAGGUAGGAAAUGACUUUCAACGGAGGGAAAUUAAGUGACUUCUGAGAAUUCCUCUAAUUACUUGGUCAACUUGUUUUUUUAAUCUUAUGAUUCCAUUAUGAUGUUCUUGUCUUUAAAA